UUGGUACGGUGUACUCUUUUAAUGUAUUUAUCUAGGUUGCACGUGCUCGAUAUUUUUGUGUGUAUCUUAAUAAAUCAAGUGUAUUUGUAUAUUGCCUUAUAUCGACCUUAUUCCUCAUAUUAGAAGUGAGAUAUUUCUCUCACUUCUCUGGUUGCUUCUCUGGCCAUUUUUUCACGCUCAAGUGAUUUGUCUGACUCUACGUAACAUUUGACGCAGUGCAAUGGGACCGACGGGGAAAGUUUUAUACUAUGCAAAACAUGAAUAGAAAACAAUAUUUUAGAUCGGGUCAGCAAAAAACGAGGCCUAAUGUAAAAAGAAGAUAGAGGUUAUCUACUAAGGAAGGAAAGAACUAAUAGAGAAUAGAUUUUCCAUGAAGAAUAUAUGUAGAUUAAGAAGAGUUUCUCGCAAUAAUUGAAAAUGCUGCGCACGUUAAUUUUGAUUGCUGUCUUGAUCACAGUGAAAGGAGACGAAUGUAUACCACGUUCAUUCGGGAACAAUUCUAUAGUAUGCGUCUGUAACUCGACGUAUUGCGAUACAGUAAGCAAGCAAAAAUUACAACAGAACCAGCUUUUAUGGUACACAUCCACUCAAGAUGGCAAAAGAAUGCAAUCGUCCAUUAUGAAUUUCUCCGCCAAAAAUGAAUCUGAAAUCGAUCUGGUUCUCACAGUGGAUAUUAAUCAGAAAUUUCAAAAGAUACAAGGAUUUGGCGGAGCAAUGACCGACGCCGCUGCACUCAACAUUAAAAGUCUUAGUAAUAACACUCAACAAAUACUACUUGAGUCGUAUUUUGGUUCCAAGGGUAUCGGAUACACAUUUACUCGUAUACCUAUCGCAGGUACCGAUUUCUCAAUGAGACCAUAUACAUACGACGACGUACCCGAUGAUCUUAUGUUAAGUCAUUUCGGACUUGUGGAGGAAGAUGAUUACAAAAUCAAAUAUCUACAUAAUAUCAAAAAAAUUAUGUCUAAUCCAGAUGAAUUUAGAAUCUUAACGACUGCAUGGAGCGCGCCUGCGUGGAUGAAAAGUUCUAAAAGUAUAACUUGGGGUAUUUUAAAAUCUGAAUAUUAUCAACUUUACGCUGAUUAUAUCGUAAAGUUCUUUGACGCAUAUAAGGAACGUGGUAUAAAUAUAUGGGGCAUAACACCUGGCAAUGAACCAUUAAAUGGAUUUAUACCAUUCUUCACUUUCAAUUCCAUGGGUUGGACGCCUAACACUUCUGCGGUUUGGACCGUGAAACAUUUAGCUCCGACUUUGACUAAUGCUGGAUAUAAUCCUCUCUACAUAGCGAUGGACGAUCAACGCUUCGAAAUCCCGUGGUUUACCGAGUUGAUGUUUGAGUAUCCAAAAACUAAAGAACUGUUCUCUGGCACUGCGGUCCAUUGGUACGCUGAUGAAAUAUUUUCACCGAUUAGACUGUCUCAAUUGCAUGAUAAAUAUCCAGACAAGUUUAUACUGAUGUCCGAAGCAUGCACCGGUAGCAGUCCCUUUAACAAAGAAAAAGUAAUAUUAGGAUCAUGGAAACGAGGACAAAAAUAUGCCUUAAAUAUAAUCGAGAAUUUAUCACAUUGGAUGGUUGGAUGGAUAGAUUGGAAUAUGGCACUCGAUGAGUAUGGAGCACCAAACUGGGCAAAAAAUUAUGUGGAUUCACCAAUCAUCGUAAUGCCGCAAACAGACGAAUUCUACAAGCAGCCUAUGUUUUACGCAAUUUCUCACUUCAGCCAAUUUGUGCCGCGUAAUUCUUACAGGAUUUUAUCUACGGGUCUUGAAGACAAUCCAAACAUUAAAACAAUAGCGUUUUUGACGCCCGAAAAUUGUAUUACUGUCGUGGCUGUUAACAAAGCUUACACUCCUUCCACUAUAACAAUAAAAAAUAAGAAUAAAAAUAACGUAGUAAAUGUAUGCUUACCUGCCAAGUCUUUCAAUACAUUGUUGUAUUUGGCGCAAGAAUAAUGUAGAAAAGUCAAAAUCAUAAAACUUUAACAUUGUUCCACACAUUGUAUGAACUUUUCACAAAGGAAUAAAGAUUAUAUGUUGUUAAUAUUAUGAAGUAUAUUGUAUGGUAUUGUAUACAUUACAAUAAAAAUUAAUAAUUGUCUUUUA